AUGUAUUCGUCAAGCAGCGAUAGUGAAAGUACAGAAAAAUAUAAUGCUAAAACCGAACUGCAGUUUAUAGCAGAUCAAAUUACCAAUGCCCCCGUAAUUUUGGAAAAAUCCCAAACACCAAAAAUAAAAGCUAGAAAGGAUGAUGCUAUUAGAAAUGUUACCAGGAAGUACGAGGUAACAUUUGGUAAAGCACUGGAUUCAAAAGGCUUUUUAAAGAAAAUGAACAAUAUGAAAGGAAGCUUAAAGAAAAAAACAGACUUGAAUAAAACUGGAAAUAAACCAAUCAAACUGUUGGAAUGGGAGAAAAAGUUAUUGAAGGCUAUGGAGGGCGACAGUAAUCCUACAAUUGGAAAAAUCGGAGGCGCACUGCAAGUUGGUAUUGAAGAUGGAUCUGCUCAGCAUAGAUUGGUUUGCUUGAUAGCAAUUUUGUUGAUUCAAAAUUCUAUAGAGUCUCCUUCAAGGGACGCAGGACCGCACGGUGCAAACAGAGGAAAUGGAGGAGGAAAAUCCGGAGGAAAAUCGGGAGGAAGUAGUAAUAAAGGUGGAAACAACGGAGGAAAUGGUGGAAAUGGUUAUGGAGGUGGUUGUGCUGGAUGUAGAUUGGCUUGAAAAUAAUUAUAUAUCUCGCUCAUAUAUCUUUGUUAAUAGUUACUAAUUGGUAGGAAAUAUACGAGAAAUAACUUACAUUGUCACAGCAUGUGUGUAAAAUAAAAUUAUUCAAAAUGUUUAAAUACUAGUUUUGAAUUUGAAAUGUAGAUUUAGAAUCAUAUAACUGGUUAUUUGAGAAAUAGGUAGGAAAUUAUGGACAAAAUUAGCAAACAUUUUUCUCAUUUAAACUUAUACCAAAAAUAUUUGAUAAUUUUAUUUCUCGACUUUCAGGUCUUCCUUACCUUCGUUGAUUAUAAAUAAAAUAGGUACCGAUUUUAUUUAUUCACAGCUCGAAUCAGAUAUUUUUUUAUGGGCUGCUCAAAUAUUAUGUGAUGUCAUUACCCAUUUUCGGGUUUUAAUAAUUAAAAAUCACAUUUAUUGACAGUUUCUUAUGUCAAAUUUAGGUUUCGUGAACGUUUUGGGAUAUGAUUUAGAUAUAAAACAUGCUUACAAGUAAAUAUGUGAUUUCUUAUUAAUGAUUUCCUUAGGUAUAAAUAAAACUUUAAAAAUUUUGUUGUAUACAAUAAUAAUUUCCUAAUAUUUUCUAAUUUAUGAAAAAAAUAUUUAUCGUUUCGUUUUAGUAUAUUUAAUAAUUAAAUAAAACAGAGGAGUAAUAAUGGUUUAUCUUCCAACCAACGCAUCUUCACCUCUAUAGUACCUUAGAUAAUAGGGAAAUAAGUCUGUUCCGGGUACAAAUCUUGGGCCGUAGCCUGGUCCAUUUACAGGACCAAAUCCUUGAGAAGCACCUAAAAUUGAUUUAAUUCCAUACAUACAUUCCUGUAUAUUUGAGAAGGUAUUAAGUACUAACCUGGUCCGAAUGCUCCACCGAAACCCCUUCCAUAUCCGGGUCCAAAUCCUCUAUUAAAUCCGGUACCCACGCCUACACCAACUCCUGGACCAAUUCCCCUACCAAAUCCUCUUAUGUAACCACCACCAAUCCCUGAAGCUGGUCCAAUUCCAUAAAAUUGACUUUGACAUGUUCUAAAACUGAUUGUGAGUAGUACCGCAAGUAGAACGAUGAGAUU